GUCAACCUAAAACAACAACGUUAUCUUAGAGCUGAUAAGAGACUAUCUAUUUUUAAGCGACGCCGGCUGUUGAUACAGGUGAUCAAUUGUCUCGUCUUCCUUGCUACAAUGGACGCAAAACCUUCUAUUACCAGAGAUGAGGUGUCAAAGGUCAUUGCCAAUAAACUCAAGUCGGACGAAUUUGACCUUGUUGACUACUCUCUAAGGAUGCUGGGUGAAUGGGUGGGUUUGUGUGGCGACCACGCUAUCUUGGAAACCACCAUCAAGCAAGACGAAGAAACCCAGUAUACCUUUUUCGUCAAGUUGUACCCACGAGUCCCACUAGUUAUCGAGUUCAUCGAAGGAACCGGCUCCUUCAAGAAAGAAAUCUUCGUCUAUAGACUUUUCGAUCUUUACGAAAAAGAAGAGGUCAAAAUUUUGGCCGAGUGCGUCCCCAAGUGCUAUCUUUCUAUUGACGAAAAAUUCCUCGUAAUGGAAAAUUUGAUCGAGCAAGGUUACACCAGUGUCAACAAAUACGAUCUAUUCGACUAUGAUACUCUUAAAGUGGUUUUGGAAGCCUUAUCCAAGCUCCACGCGAGUACCCUCAUCUAUGAAGAACGCACGUCUAGACGAUUAAUCGACGUGUAUGAAGCAGAGCUAGAAGAGACUUAUUACAACGAGCGUCCAGAUUUUCCUCUAAAAGAAGAAAUAGAAGCCGCAAUCACUGGUAUUUUAAACUCAACGCAGCUCUUCAAUCUUCCGGAUAAACUCCUCUCGGGAAAAAAUUUUCGCACAGUCUUGGAAGAAGUAUGCCGGAGGGUCCACUCUCUGGCUCGACCCUCCAAAUCUUUCCGGAACGUGGUAUGUCAUGGUGACAUAUGGGCGACUAAUCUUGUGAUCAAACGCGACCAUAAUGGUACCCCGGUACGUUCCAAACUCGUCGAUUUUCAAUGCGGAAGGUACGUACCACCGGCACAGGACGUCAUGUCGGUCAUACACUUAACCACGGCGAGAGAAUUCAGAAAAAGGUACAUGUACAACCUAAUCGGGAUCUACUACACGUGUCUGGAAAAACACGUAACCCUCGCUGGGUACGAUAUGAAGAAAAUCAUCCCGUUUGAAGAGUUUUUGGCCAGUUGUGAAGAACAAAAGGUUUUUGCGAUGGUCCAAACCGGCUGCUAUUUUCCACUGAUUCUACUAGAAAGCCAGGAAAUCCAGGACUUUUUUGGGGACAAGGAGAAGAACAAGGACGCUCUUUACGUGGAUAGAAGCAUCCUGGUCAAAGCGCAUCUAGACGAUGAAAAAUAUAGCAACAGAAUGCGCGAUUGUCUUCUAGAUUUGAAAGAAUACUGUGACUAUUUAUAAAUAAAAACUAACUUGUUAGUA